CUAUUUAGUUGGCUUACUUAAGUUUGGUAAUAUUAUUACUUUUUUGUUAUUUUGACUUUAAAACUCAACGUUUCUGCGUACUUCUAAUCGUAUAGCCAAUUACCGUUUGGAACCGAAACUGGCGCGAAAAUAUGACAGUAGCAGCUGAGAAAUGUCAACUUUGUUUAACCAAACAGUGUGUAAAACCAAUUAUGAAUUAGAUCGGUAUUCAAAGAAAUAAAAAUGGUAUUACAAAACACUGGCAAGUACAGAGCAGAAAGGGAUCAGAGAGAUAGGGAUGAUACUGGCAAAAGAGACGCUGGUUCGUCAUCAGGCCCCAGAGAAGAAUCUUCGGAGUACCGUAUCAGGGUUGCCCUGGAGAAUGACAGGAUUGAUUCUAAGUAUGGAUUCGACCGAGUUCGAGAUGUUAAAGAAAGGACUGGUUACUUGAUAAACAUGCACACUGCAGAGGUUUUGGAUGAAGACAAGCGCCUCGUAGCAGCAAUGGACUAUUACUUCAUAGAGAUGGAUGGCUCCAGGUUUAAGGUGUCGCUGACCUUCCAGCCUUACUUCCUGAUCCUAGCCCGCAAGGAGUGUGAGCAGGAGGUCAUACAGUUCAUCUCAAAGAGGUUUGCAGGAAACAUACAUAAAAUUGAUGUUGUUGAAAAGGAAGAUUUGGAUUUACUCAACCACUUAUCAGGUUUAAAACAGAGAUACAUAAAAUUAUCAUUCAUGUCACAAAAUGAGAUGAUGAAAGUGAGAAGGGAGAUUUUGACUGCAGUCAACAAGAAUAAGGAGAGGGAGAAAAAAGAUCAGAUUUACGCUGAAAUGUUGACAAAUGCUUUAACUAGUGCCGCUGCUAUUGAACACGCUAAGAAGACCACUGAUCAUAUGGAGAAUAUAUUGGAUAUUAGAGAACACGACGUACCAUACCAUGUCCGAGUUUCAAUCGACAUGGAGAUCUUCUGCGGCACUUGGUACACCAUCAAGAGCCGAGGCACAGAGACUCCCAUCUUCACCAAACGGGAUGACAUCAUUGAGAGACCGGACCCUAUAGUCCUGGCGUUCGAUAUUGAGACUACGAAGUUGCCGCUGAAGUUCCCGGACUCACAGACAGACCAGAUAAUGAUGAUUUCUUAUAUGAUUGAUGGACAGGGGUACUUGAUAACGAAUAGAGAGAUUAUAUCGGUUGAUGUUGAGGAUUUUGAGUAUACGCCCAAGCCGGAGUUUGAAGGCCAUUUCAUAAUAUUCAAUGAAGAAAACGAACAGGCAUUGAUACAGAAGUUUUUUGAUCAUAUAAUGGACGUGAAACCGCAUAUUUUUGUUACAUACAAUGGUGACUUCUUCGACUGGCCGUUUGUGGAAGCCCGUGCGGCCGCGCUUGGCCUGGACAUGAAGCAAGAGAUCGGCUUCAGCAAGAUCGCUGCGAGGGACGGUACCUACGCCUGCCGACCCGCUAUGCAUAUGGACUGCUUAUGCUGGGUCAAAAGAGAUUCAUACCUGCCAGUGGGCUCCCAAGGUCUAAAGGCUGUUGCCAAAGCGAAGCUACGAUACGAUCCCGUAGAGUUAGACCCUGAAGACAUGUGCAGGAUGGCGGCAGAACAACCUCAGGUGCUGUCAAACUAUUCGGUGUCAGACGCGGUCGCGACAUACUACUUGUAUAUGAAGUAUGUGCACCCCUUCAUAUUCGCGCUCUGUACCAUCAUACCUUUGGAACCAGACGAGGUGCUCAGAAAAGGUUCAGGCACGCUAUGCGAGUCGCUCCUCAUGGUGCAAGCGUUCCAUGCGAACAUAGUGUUUCCGAACAAGCAAGUCGAGGAACUAAACAAGCUCACCGCUGACGGACACGUGUUGGAGACCGAGACUUAUGUUGGAGGCCAUGUUGAAGCUUUGGAGUCAGGUGUAUUCAGAGCCGAUAUCAAAUGUAAGUUCAAGAUCGUCCCGUCUGCCAUAGACAAGUUGAUGGAAACCACAGAGAAGACAAUGAAACAUGCCAUAGAGGUAGAGGAGGGUAUACCUUUGGACCUGGUGACGAAUUUUGAUGAGGUUUGUGCGGAGAUCAAGGCGAAGUUGCAGCAUAUGAAGGAUCAUCCGAGGAGGGAUGAAAACCCCCUUAUAUAUCACUUGGAUGUCGGCGCUAUGUAUCCUAACAUUAUAUUGACUAAUAGAUUGCAGCCGUCUGCGAUGGUGAACACGAGCGUGUGCGCGGUGUGCGACUACAACCGGCCCGGGGCCAGCUGCCAGCGGCACAUGGACUGGAUGUGGCGCGGGGACUAUCUGCCGGCGACGAGGAGUGAGUACCAGCGCAUUCAGCAGCAGCUGGAGACGGAGAAGUUCCCGCCGUUACACCCCGGCGGGCCCACAAGGGCCUUCCAUGCUUUGCCUAAGGAAGACCAGGCUGCAUACGAGAAGAAGAGAUUAGCAGACUAUUGCAGAGUGGCUUACAAGAAGACUAAAGUGACUCGAACGGAAGUGAGAACGACCACCAUUUGUCAGAAGGAGAACUCUUUCUAUGUGGACACAGUGAGAGCUUUCAGAGAUCGUCGUUACGAAUACAAAGCUUUGAACAAACAAGCGAAGGCCAAAGUAGCAGAAGCGGUGGCGAGCGGCGACGCCGCCGAGAUCAAGUCCGCCAAGAGCCGGGAAGUGUUGUACGACUCGCUGCAGCUCGCACACAAGUGUAUCCUCAACUCCUUCUACGGAUACGUUAUGAGGAGGGGUGCUCGGUGGCACAGCAUGGAGAUGGCGGGUAUCGUGUGCUACACCGGCGCCAACAUUAUCAUGAAGGCGAGAGAGAUUAUAGAGCAGGUCGGGAGGCCGCUAGAACUUGAUACUGAUGGUAUUUGGUGUAUUCUGCCUUCUUCCUUCCCUGAGAACGUGACGAUACACACGACUCAUGCGAAAAAGAAGAAGAUCAAUGUUUCAUUCCCGAACGCAGUGCUCAACUCUAUGGUCAAAGAUCACUUCACGAACGACCAGUACUUCGAGCUGGUGGACCCUGAGGGUAAGAAGUAUGAGCAGCGAUCAGAGAAUUCCAUCUUCUUCGAGGUGGACGGACCGUACUUGGCCAUGGUGCUGCCGGCGUCGAAAGAAGAAGGCAAGAGACUGAAGAAGCGAUACGCGGUGUUCAAUUUUGAUGGGUCUUUGGCUGAACUUAAAGGGUUCGAAGUAAAACGCCGCGGAGAGCUCCAGCUUAUCAAGAUCUUCCAAUCAUCAGUUUUCGAAGCUUUCCUUAAAGGGAACGAUCUAAAGUCCUGCUACAGCGCAGUGGCUAAGGUCGCUGACUACUGGCUGGACGUCCUCUACAGUAAGGGCUCCAACAUGCCUGACUCCGAACUCUUCGAGCUGAUCUCCGAGAACCGGUCCAUGUCCAAGAAGUUGGAGGACUAUGGAGGUCAGAAGUCGACGUCGAUAUCUACUGCGAAGAGAUUGGCGGAGUUCUUAGGUGAUCAAAUGGUGAAGGAUGCUGGGUUGGCUUGCAGAUUCAUAAUAUCGAAGAAGCCGGAAGGCGCCCCUGUGACGGAGCGCGCGAUCCCGCUGGCCAUCUUCCAGUCGCCGGCGGCGGUGAAGCGCCACCACCUGCGCCGCUGGCUCAAGGACAGCAGCAUCAGCGAGGACAUCGACAUCCGCGACGUGCUGGACUGGGCCUACUACAUCGAGAGGCUCAGCGGGACCGUGCAGAAGAUCAUCACCAUACCCGCCGCCAUGCAGGGGUUGGACAACCCAGUCCCACGUUGCCAGUACCCAGACUGGCUACAUAAGAAAAUGCUAGCCAAGACAGACAAGUUCAAGACUCGGAAGAUCACUGACAUGUUCUCCGCCAAGCCUAAGGAGUUAAAGGAGAACGGGGAGGAUGAGGAGCCGUCCACGAGUGCUGAUGGUGCUAUGGACACAGAAAUGGACAUUGAAGAUAUCGGCAAGGACUCCACUGAGAAGUCGACCACGAUUCGUCCGAUGGUCCACACGGUGAAGCGCAAGCGCGAGGAGUCCCCCCCUCAAGACGCACAGAACUGGCGCGAGGCCCUCGGACCUCCGCCGCCGUUUGGUACUACGAAGGCAGAGAGAACAAAAUGGAUUCUAUUUCAAAAAAAGAAAUGGCUUUGGCAAAUGGAACAACGCGGGCUACGGAAUCGCAGUAAAAGAGGUAAAAUGGACAGAGAUGCGAUGCCGCCACCUAAAGCUGGUCCCUCUACUACACUGAGCGGCUUCAUACGGAGAGCUCAGCGAACAUUGCUCAACACUCCGUGGCAGAUAAUACAGGUAGCAGAAACAGCCGAGCCGGGUCUAUUCAAGGUCUGGGCACUAGUAGGUACAGAGUUACACCAAAUCAAGUUGUCAGUACCGCGUAUAUUCUACGUGAACCAGCGAGUCCCCCGCGCGGCGGACAGCGGCCCGCACUGGCGCAAGUGUAGCCGCGUGUUGCCGCGCGCUCACCCCGUGUUGCAUCUGUACCAGUACAGCGUGCCUGAGGGACUCUAUAGGGAGCAUCAAGAGGAAUUAACGUCUGAACUAUGCGCUCCAGAAAUCGAAGGGAUAUACGAAACUCAAAUGUCGUUGGAGUUCAGAGUGCUGGUGCAGCUGGGAUGUAUAUGUACUGUAGACCCUCAGGAGGCGAGGAAGUUAAUUCAGUUUGGGUCCACCAAUAUGGACUCGUUCGCUCUCAAACAGUUGCAGUUCAAGAGUGUAGCUCUCCAGCCAUAUUUACAAAAGCAGGACGGCGUCCCCCCAGUGAAACACAUCUACCUAUACCAGCACUCCGCUGUGAACUCCUCGCGCAGCAUGUGGGCGCUGGUGUUGGCCCCCGUCAAGAGAGCCUACAUCUACGUACUGGACACCGUCAAGACCAACCAGCUGCCCAACAUGAACACUCUGUACCAGGCCGAGAGGACUGCUAAGAUCAACCUGGGCGCAGAUGAGGACACUCUCCCUGGCGCAGAACUAUCCUGGGAGGUGGUGAUAGAGACAGAAGCUCGCGCCAUCAGCCGCCACCUGCAACGCGCUCUGCAACGUUACAAGGACGAGCGUUGCGGCCCCACGCUGCUCGCGUUGCAGGCCACACUAGCGCCACACUUACUCAUGCAACUUAUGCCAGGGUUAUCAGAGUUCCCGAUUGUCCCGAUCCAUGUCCGGGAUGUAGAGACCCUGUACAGCGCCCUGGAGUGGCAGCGGAUCGGAUCCCGGGCUAUCGUCAGGCACUACCUAGGACUGGAUGCUGUGCUACAACUUACUAUAGAGCAGUGCAGAUACUUCCACGUGCCCCUGGGCAACAUGCCGGCCGACCCGACGCUGUUCGGCGCGGACCUGUUCUACGCGCGACACCUCAUCAAACACAACUUCGUACUGUGGUGCUCCAACAUGGACCGGCCCGACCUCGGCGGCAGGGAGACCGAUGAUAACAGGCUGGUGAGCGAGGUGGAGGAGCUGGCGGGCUGCAGCCACAACGCGGCGGGCGCGUACGGCAGCGUGUGCGUGCAGCUGGACACGGACGCGCUGGCCGUGUGCGCGCUGCUGCAGGCGCACGGCGUGCUGCAGCUGGAGGGCACCUGCCUCGCCGCCGCCUUCGGGGCCUCGCACGCCAGCAUACAGGACGCCAUGGCUAGUGCGGGUUCAAACGCGUCCAUGCCAUAUGACGAGACGACGCAGUGUAGCGCAGCCUUCAAGAUCCUUCGCACCAUGAUAGCAUCCUGGCUGCGUGACGUCACACAAUACAAGAACGUUUUUGCUGACUUCCAGAUAUCGCAUUUUUACAGAUGGCUGAAGACCCCCUCCUCCCUGCUGUACGACCCCGCCCUCCGCCGCACCCUCUACAACCUGAUGAAGAAGCUGUUCCUCAUGCUGGUGGCCGAGUUCAAGCGGCUCGGCUCUCUCAUCGUGUUCGCAGACUUCAACAAGAUACUACUCUGUACGAAGAAGAAUAAUGUGCUUGAUGGGAUUGGAUACGUGGAGUUCGUGGUGCAGAGCAUCCGCAACAAGGAGCUGUUCCACGGCAUCGACAUCCGCUACAAGCAGUGCUGGUCCUACCUGCUGUGGCUCGACGAGGCCAACUAUGCUGGCGUUCAGGGUAAACUGCCAGACGGAUUGACUGAAGUCGGAUCGUCACAGUUACCUCCCGCAAGCGAAGAAAGUAUCGGAGAUGAGGAGGGCUCAAUCACGAUGCAGUGGAACCUGUCGAAGUUCCUGCCGGCCCCUGUCCGCGAGCCCUUCGCGGCGGCCGUGGCGGGGCUGCUGAGCGCGGCCUACACGCAGCCCGACCAGCUGCGCGCGCUUAUACAGGGGGAGAUCGCGCAGAAGCUGUUCCAAGUGACAGAGAAGAUAAACACUCGGUACCCGGUAUUUAAGCCGUCGGAUAUCGGUCACCAGCCGGGACUGAAGCCGGAUGCCUUCGCCGUUGACUCGAAGCCGGCGCUGCUGUACGUCAACGCCGUGUGUAAAGUGUUCUCAUUAGAUCCUGCGUUGGAGGAUGAGGUGACCCUCCUCCGCCGCAACCUGCUCCGCCUGAUCGGUGUGGGCGAGUUCAGCGCGGCGGCGGAGUGGCGCGACGCCUGCAACACCUGCCCGCUCACCGAGGUCAUCUGCAAGGUCUGCAACCACUGCCGGGACCUCGACCUCUGCCGGGACACAAACACCGCCAUCCAGAAUGAUGUGCCAGUAUGCUUAUGUCCAACAUGCGGCACUCCAUACGAGAACCAGGAGUUGGAGUGGAGGCUAGUGGAGUUGAUGAACAGGAGGACCAUGUCCUACGUGCUGCAAGACCUGAUAUGUAAAAGAUGUCAUCAGGUGAAACGCGACAACAUGACGAUGGUAUGCGAGUGCGCCGGAGACUUCGCCCUCAUGCUGCCCAACAAGGAGGUCCUCUCACAACUGAACACCUUCAAAACGAUCGCUGAGUACUACAAGAUGCCUCUACUGUUAGAACUUAUAGAAUUUCAUCUCAGCAACACGUGAUAUUAUGUAUAAUUUAAUAAAACAAGUAUUUUUUGUAUCAGUA